CAAUGGCAACAUGGAAUUAAAAAAUACUAGUAAAUUUCGCGAAAAAGACAAAGGGGUUUGUAUGUGAAUCUGAUCAUCUAGAGUUGAGAAUGGAAGGAGGGAAACGAGGCACGAUUCUGGUCACCAACGACGACGGAAUCGAUGCUCCUGGCUUAAGGGCAUUGGUUCACUCCAUCGUCAACGCCAACCUUUUCAACGUUCUAGUGUGCGCUCCUGAUAGCGAGAAAUCAGCUGUUAGCCACAGCAUCACUUGGCUCCAUCCAGUAGCUGUUAAGCAAGUACAGAUCGAGGGAACCACCGCAUUUGCCGUUUCUGGGACUCCCGCUGAUUGUGCUUCUCUAGGGAUUUCCAAAGCUCUCUUUCCCACAGUACCUGAUCUGGUGGUCAGUGGCAUAAACAAGGGUAGCAACUGCGGUUAUCACAUGUCCCUUUGCAGUGUUUACUCUGGCACUGUAGCUGGAGCUCGAGAGGCCUUCUUCAAUGAUAUACCUUCUAUCUCCAUUUCAUAUGACUGGGUUAAAGGAAAGAGUAACCUACAUGACUUCACCCUUGCUGCUCAAGUAUGCAUACCUAUCAUAAGUGCUGUGCUGGUUGAAACAAAGCAUCCAAGUUACCCUAGAAAAUGUUUUUUGAAUAUAGACGUGCCAAACAAUGUUCCUAACCAUAAGGGUUACAAGCUAACUAAGCAGGGUAAAAGUAUCAUCAAGAUUGGAUGGAGGCAAGCCACAUCUGAGACAGAAGGACCAAAAAUGUCAUCUGAUAUGACCAAUACAGAUACAGAAACAUCAAAGAAUUUUGACUCAUCAUCUGUAUCACCAGAACAUCUUUUGUUUGCGAGAGAGGUAAAAGGUUCCGUACUUGAUGGAGAUGAUACGGACUACAGAUGUUUGCAGGAAGGAUAUAUUACUGUUACUCCUCUUGCUGGUCUUUCUCAUGCGGAGGUAGAUUGUCAGGCCUAUUUUAAGAAUUGGCUACAAAGUGUCCCUGAACUCCCCUCGUCAUCAUCUUUAUAAUACUUGUGUUAUCCAUUCCAAAUAGCUUUCACGCGUCAACCUCAACAAGGAAAACAGGAGAACAAACUACCAUUUCAACAACAGCUUACCAGUAAAAACCCUUAUUGAGGACUUAAUAAUUUGUUUUUCAAAGGCUAAUUUAUUCUUAGUGAGCCGGUCCCCGCCCUCCCACAGGUUUUGCAAGCAGGUAUUGAAGUAUUCAAGGAGGAAAAUGAAAUAUGGAUGUUUAAAUAAGCUCUUAAUGGAUGCUUCAUACGACAAAAAAAUAAAACAAAAAAUCGAAGAGAAUCAUCCUAUGUGUUGAUGCUACAAAUGUUAAAAACAAAUAAAAGGAAAAAGAGAAAAACAGUGUUUGGACAUCAUAAAUAGUUUAUGUAUGAACUUUACUAGCUCGUAUCGAUUCUGUUAUGUGCUUAGCCCUCAUUUUUUCAAUGGCUAAGAAGAAGAAUGUGAUUCCACUAGUACUGACCA